GUAAACUUCCAACUUCAACUCUUUCUCUAUUUCUCUUUCUCUCUAUAGAUUCCAGAGGAGCAUGAUGUGGAGAGUCAGGUGAGGAAAGAGAGGGAGUGGAGGUUCCUGAGGAACGCCCGCGUUCGAAAACAGAGCCAACGCAUCACACAGAGAGGCGUGACCCGUCUGGACGACCAGAUCUUCAUCAACCGUAACCCUGGCGUUCCCUCCGUGGUCAAGUUCCACCCCUUCAACCCCUGCAUCGCCGUGGCAGACAAAGACAGCAUCUGUUUCUGGGACUGGGAGAAGGCGGAGAGGUUGGACUAUUUCUACAACGGGAACCCUCGCUACACCCGCAUCACAGCUAUGGAGUACCUCAACGGACAUGACUACUCCCUGCUGCUCACUGCUACAGAUGACGGGGCGUUGCGUAUCUGGAAGAACUUUGCGGACCAACGGAACCCCGAGAUGGUGACGGCGUGGCAGGGCCUGUCCGACAUGCUCCCCACCACCCGAGGUCAGCCCUCCUCCAGCGCCCACAGUCUGGCCAGGCGGGUCUCCAUCUAUCUUGACAGGAGUAAGGGACAGGGAGGUGCAGGCAUGGUGGUGGACUGGGAGCAGGAGACGGGGCUGCUGAUGACGUCUGGAGACGUGAGGGUCAUCAGGAUCUGGGACACGGAGAGGGAGAUGAAGGURCAGGACAUCCCAACGGGGGCAGACAGCUGUGUGACUAGCCUAUCAUGUGACUCACAGCGGUCCCUCAUCGCAGCGGGGCUGGGCGACGGCUCGGUCCGCCUCUAUGACAGGAGGAUGGGCGCCAACGAGUGUCGUGUGAUGACGUACCGGGAACACUCGUCCUGGGUGGUCAAGGCCCACCUGCAGAAGCAGACGGACGGCAAAAUCAUUAGUGUCAGUGUCGAUGGAGACGUGCGGUUCUUCGAGCUGCGGUCGCCGGACUCUGUGAACGUGCUGCAGACGGUGAAGGGGUUAACGGCGCUGGACAUCCAUCCGCAGGCCAACCUGUUCGCCUGUGGAUCGAUGAACCAGUUCAUAGCAGUGUACAACUCCAACGGUGACGUGAUCAGCAACAUCAAGUAUUAUGACGGUUUCAUGGGCCAAAGGAUCGGGGCUAUCAGCUGUUUGGCCUUCCAUCCCUACUGGCCUCACCUGGCGGUGGGCAGCAACGACUACUACAUGUCCAUCUACUCAGCGGAGAAGAGGCUCAGAUAACCCCCCCCCCCCCCCCGAACUUUACCUUUGACCACUGACCUCUCUCCCCUCGGAGCCAGGAUGUAAAUGACUUCUAAUGUACAUAUGCAAUUGUUACCACCCCUGAAUGUUCUAUAGUGAUGGCUGCUGACAAACUCAUGUUUAUGAUGUUGACUUAUAUUAUUAUUCUUGAUCGUUUCAUUCAUAUUCUUUAUUAUGAAGCUAUUGAUUGUAGACUUGGCAGUGCUGAGGAGCGUGUAUAUUUAAUUGCGUGUAUACAGAGAUGAAUAUUAGGUCUAUUUUAAAGGUUCCAGCCUUGUCUGGGGGGAGACGGGCGGUGUCGCUACCUGAAUGAACUCGGAAUGACCUCUAUGCAUCGGGGUCAAGAGGUUAUCGAGAGAUAGACAAUUCCCUCUCUCACACACGACUCUGGACCUGAAGGCGUGGCUCACGGACACCCGCACGACCCUUAUUGAAGCCCCUCCCCCCUGCUGUAGCUAGUAGACUUUCUCUCACAAGAUGGUGGACUACGGGGCACAUCUGGUGUGUGAGAAAGUGAAAUGUAGAACACAGAGCACAGAUGAGCCCAAAGUUGGCCCACAGCCUUGGACACAAACCGAUGCCCACUAGAAUUUUUAUUUUACCUUUAUUUAACUAGGCAAGUCAGUUAAGAACAAAUUCUUAUUUUCAAUGACGGCCUAGGAACA